UAUUGGUCUCAGGCACACUAUAAAAUAGCAGCUCAGGAGUGAGUGAGACCUGAAUUUCACUGAUGGAGACAGACAAAGGUGAAGCUCAGGCUCAGGAUUGGAGAGGCAGACCCUCCAACCCUGCCAAACACGGUGGAAUGAUUCCCGCUGCUUUUGUUCUUGGGUUGCAAGCUUUUGAGAUAAUGGCAAUAGCCGCAGUGGGGAACAAUCUGAUAACCUACGUGACGAGUGAGAUGCACUUCCCUUUGUCCAAGGCUGCCAACCUAGUCACUAACUUUGUUGGGACCAUCUUUCUCCUCGCCCUCCUCGGCGGCUAUCUUUCCGACUCUUACCUCGGCAGCUUCUGGACCAUGCUCAUCUUUGGUUUCGUUGAACUUUCCGGUUUCAUAUUGCUUUCUGUCCAAGCUCAUGUUCCUCAGUUGAAGCCACCCCCAUGCAAUAUCAACGAUUUAGGAGAACAGUGCUCAGAAGCAAAGGGCAUGAAGGCCAUGAUAUUCUUCGUAGCCCUGUACUUGGUGGCAUUAGGUAGUGGUUGUGUCAAGCCAAACAUGGUUGCUUACGGAGGCGACCAAUUCGACCAAGACAACCCCAAGCAAUUAAAGAAGCUCUCUACCUACUUCAACGCUGCAUAUUUUGCAUUCUCUUUGGGAGAACUUGUGAGCCUGACCAUUCUUGUUUGGGUACAAACUCAUUCCGGAAUGGAUGUGGGCUUCGGGGUAUCCGCGGCUGUAAUGGCAAUGGGAUUGAUAAGCUUGAUAUGUGGCACUCUAUAUUACAGGAACAAGCCCCCACAAGGCAGUAUUUUAACUCCCAUUGCUCAAGUUCUUGUGGCUGCAAUUUUCAAAAGAAACCUGCUUCUUCCAUCUAACCCUCAAAUGCUUCAUGGAACCCAAAACAAUCUUAUUCAUACUGAUAAAUUCAGGUUCUUGGACAAGGCUUGUAUCAGAGUGGAACAAGAGGGAAAUCAGGAAAGCGCGUGGAGAUUAUGCAGUGUUGCGCAAGUUGAGCAAGUGAAGAUAUUGCUAUCGGUCAUUCCGAUAUUCUCGUGCACCAUCGUUUUCAACACCAUCUUAGCACAACUGCAGACAUUCUCAGUCCAACAAGGGAGAGCAAUGGAUACCCAUCUCACCAAAUCCUUUAAUAUCCCUCCUGCGUCGCUUCAGUCGAUUCCUUACAUUUUGCUCAUCGUUUUAGUCCCUCUCUAUGACACCUUCUUUGUCCCCUUUGCCAGAAAGUUCACCGGCCAUGAGUCUGGAAUCCCACCUUUGCGCCGAAUAGGCUUUGGUCUUUUUCUAGCUACCUUUUCCAUGGUUGCAGCUGCUCUGUUGGAGAAAAAGAGAAGGGACGAAGCUGUGAAUCAUGACAAAGUUUUGUCCAUCUUUUGGAUAACCCCACAAUACUUGAUCUUUGGCUUGUCAGAGAUGUUUACAGCCAUUGGCCUUCUUGAGUUCUUCUACAAACAGUCCUUGAAAGGGAUGCAAGCAUUCUUGACAGCCAUCACAUAUUGCUCCUACUCCUUUGGCUUUUACUUGAGCACACUUUUGGUUUCUUUGGUCAAUAAGAUCACUUCAACUUCUUCUUCAGCUGCUGGCUGGCUUCACAACAACAACCUUAACCAGGAUAGGCUUGAUCUUUUCUAUUGGUUACUGGCUGUCUUAAGCUUCCUCAACUUCCUCAACUAUCUCUUUUGGUCCAGACGCUAUUCUCAUGCUCCUUCCGCCCUACCCCCACCUAAUACUAAGGAACAUCAUCACAAUAUUCCAUAGACAUCUAUACUCUUUUCAGAUUAUUAAUUUACAGUUACUGUAAAGAAUUAUAUCAAGAUGUCGUAUCGCCCGGGAUCUAUCGAGUAGCUAGCAUUAUAUAUUGCAGUUAUAAGCUUAAUCUUAAUUAAUUCGCCCGGUACCAUAUGCAUGGAA